GAGAAUCGUUAUUUCAUCGAUACUCGUUCCGUUCUUUAACAACAACAACGAACCUAUUUAUCCUCGAUUCUAGUUUUGUCUAGUAUCUCAUUCACUCGCUUGCUGCUCUACUCACUCAAUACGAAACCUAUUCUCCACUACCAUUGUUAUACCCUGUUUGUGGCUUUGUUCCUUGUCUGACAUAUCAGAUCGUAUAAGCCAAUUUCAACUUCAACUAUCAAAUCCCAGUCGACAAGAUGCUUUUCCGAACCAUCGCCUCGAUCGCUCUCCUGGCUUCUGCCAGCAAUGCCGCCUCCCAGCCUCAGGUCCAGCCUUACAAGCUGAUCAAGGCCCCUGUUGAAGGCCUUAGCUUCGGUCGUCGUUCUACCCCCGGAUACCAGCCCGAUCAGUCUGUCUGUGGUGGUGGCGGUGACACUUGCGCUGAUGCUUGUGGUGCUGGAUUCGAAUCUUGCCCUUCUGAAGACAACCAAACCCACUGCUUCAACCCCAAGGCGAAGCAGUCUUGCUGUUUUGACGGUUCUGGAAACUCUUGUGACAAGGGCUUCUACUGCUCUCAUGACACCAAGGCUCAGACCUGGUGCUGCCCUGAUGCUAUGGAUCUUGCUGAAUGUGCCGCUGCGUAUGGCGUAGAGGACGGCCUCAAGACCGAGCAGCUCUUGACCACCACUGCCACUACCGUUGCUGAGACCACCACUGCCGAGCCCACUACCACUGCUGAGCCCACUACUUCUGAGCUUGAGACUACAUCUUCUCAACUCGAGACCACCUCGACAACUGUCUACAUCACCAGCACCUCUCUGGCCUCCACAUCCACCAAGGCUGCCACAACCACUGUUGCUCCUACCACCUCGUCCGUUGUCGUUAAGACCACGACCAAGGCUGAGGAGACCACCAUUGUUGCUCCUAGCUCUGGCUACAGCACGGCUUGGAGUGGUUCUAACAGCACCAUCGCCACUGCUGCUCCUACUCAGCCAUCCGAGUCUGCCCCUGGCUCCGCUGAGCCUUCCAGCAUCAGCAGUGGUGCGUCCCUCACCGGCGUGAGCGCCAUGCUCCUCGCUGCUGCUGGUGCCUUUGCCCUCCUCUAAAUCUAGAUCUGUCAUGUGUAACACUGGUUCUCGUAGGAGACCACUUGAACACGUCGCCAACGGCAAAUAAUGAGUCUAUGAUUAAGAGAGCAGCGGGACGUUUCAUAUACGGGAACACGUCCAGGAGGAAGCUUGUUGGAGAUGAAACCAGUAGUGCAAUGUGGCGCUGCAUAUUCUUCUGAUGAAAUACCCCCUUAUCGAAUACCCUUCAGUUUACGUACCACUUUAACCGGAGUUGAUCGGCUUGGUGUUUUUUUUUUGGUUUGGAAAAGAGCAUAAGGAGGAUGAGUUGAAAUGGAACGAGAAACGCUCAGCGCUUGGAACACGAGAAGCUACAUUCUUACACUUGGUACACGGCUUUCGUAUACCUAUUUACACCUUAAAUCCUAGUUACUAUUUGUCGCUGCGAGAGCUCACUCUGGGCAUCGUACGUGACAUCAAUAAUUG